AUGCUGCAUACGCCACUGGUGAGCUUCAAACCUGUUGAGGGCGGCGUGAGCCUCCCUGGUUUGCCAUUGCUGGUUGAUCCGGGCGAUUACGAGGGUAUCCAAAUCGCAGGCAGGGAUCUUGCGGAUGACCUCGAGCAGGUUACAGGGCAGAAGCCAAAGAUCCUGAAGCAAAAGCCAGCUGGACAAGAUGAUGAGCCCUUGGAUGGAGUGAUCCUGCUUGGCAGUGUUGAGAGGUCUUCUAUACUCCGCAGCCUUAUCGACGACGGCUGGCUCGACGUACGCCAAAUCGACGGGAAGUGGGAAUCGUGUAUGACAACUACCUUAAGCUUGCCAUGGACGAAGAAGUGUUUUGUUAUUGCGGGGAGUGAUAAGCGCGGGGCCAUCUUUGGCAUCUAUACACUUUCCGAGCAGAUCGGCGUGUCACCAUGGCACUGGUGGGCUGAUGUCCCCGUCCAACCCCACAGCGAGAUCUACGCACUACCCACGACGACAUACCAGGGUGAGCCGAGUGUCCGAUACCGAGGGCUGUUCAUCAACGACGAGGCCCCGGCACUUACGAGCUGGGUGCACGAGAAGAUCGGGCCUAAAUACAAUUUCGACUUCUACAAGAGGGUAUUUGCGCUGCUACUCCGUCUGAAGGCAAACUUCCUAUGGCCCGCAAUGUGGUCUGGACAUCCGUUUCCGGGCAGCAGUUUCUUCGCCGACGACGCGCGAAACCAGGUGAUGGCGAAUGCCUAUGGCAUUGUCUUGUCUACUUCUCAUCAUGAGCCAAUGCAACGAUCUACCACCGAGUGGCGUGCAAGAGGGGACGCCGAAUGGGCCUGGCUACCCAGCCGCGAUAAGAUCACAAAGUUCUUCGAGGAAGGGGCGGAGAGGGCAGAGCCAUAUGAGUCUUUCAUCACCUUGGGGAUGCGGGGCGAAGGUGACGAGAAGAUGAAAGCGGAUGAUCCGAAGACAGCCCUGGCAGAGGUGCUGAAGACGCAGAGACAGAUCAUCCAGAAGACAUACGGGAGAGAAGACGGCGAGCGACAACUUAUGGCGUUAUAUAAGGAAGUACUGGAAUACUAUGAAGCGGGCCUUGCCAUCCCAGACGAUGUGACGCUGAUGUUUCCGGACGAUAAUUUUGGGAAUGUUCGGCGGCUUCCCACAGAUGCAGAGCGGAAACGAACAGGUGGACUAGGGCUAUACUAUCACCUCGAAUAUGUCGGCCGUCCACGUGGAUACAAAUGGAUCAACACGAACUCCUGUGGCAAGAUAUACCAGCAAUUGCGAAGAGCGUACGACCACGGAAUCACCAACAUCUGGGUGAUCAACGUGGGAGACAUAAAGCCGCUUGAGUUUCCGUUCACUUUUGCAAUGAGCAUGGCGUGGGAUAUCAACUGUGUCACAGCUUCACGCAUCCCUGACUUCUUCAGCCACUUCUCAGCCCAGAGCUUAGGCGCAGGAAAUGCGGGCCUGGUUGCUGAUUUGCUCCUGCAGCAUGAUCGUCUCCUCGCGAUUCGCAAACAUGAGCAUCUCGAAGCCGACACUCUUUCGGUCCUCAACUACCGCGAAGCAGAGACUGUUCUCUCACGCUGGAAAACUAUAGAAGAUGCAGUGACGCAGGCCUUUGCGCGGGUAGACUGCGACUACAAGGCUGCCUUCUUCCAGCUUGUCCUGCAUCCGAUCAAAGCGUCCCGCAUCUACACUGAACUUCGGAUCGCACAGGCGAAAAACAAACUCUAUGGGCAGCAGCGCAGGACAAGCACUAAUGCGUGGGCCAAGCGAGUGCUCCACCUCUUCGAUGAGGACUUUGGCCUCUGCCAAUUAUACCACAACAACCCCUGGAUGGGCGAUAAAUGGAAUCACAUAAUGCGGCAGCCGCACUACGGCUACUCUACGCAAACAUGGCAUGACCCUAGUCGUGACCUCAUCACUGGGCUCUGCUACAUACAGCAACAACAAGACUCCAACCCCAUUGCUGGUUGGAUGGGCGUCGCAGUUGAAGGUCAUCCAGGCAUUCGGCCGGGCCUUAUUAACGAAGAAACCGACCGCAUGCAGCCGUCGAAGAAUGAUCUUGUGCCAGGCUUGACUGUCCCGGUUCUUUCUCCCUAUUCCGCAGAAAGUCGAUACUUCGAGAUAUAUUCUCGUGGUAGCAAGGCCUUUCAAUGGACCGCGACAGGGUCGGAGCCAUGGAUCCAUCUUAGUUCGUGCGCAGGAGAUAUCUCAGUCAACACGCAGGUAGACCCAAGGAUUAAAAUCUCAAUUGAUUGGCCACAAGUUCCUGUUGGGUACGACGGAGUGGUUCAUGUCGCCAUUCGAUCUUCCGAGGGAGACUUCGAACAAGUUCACGUCCCCGUCGUCAAGCGCCCUCUCGCUUUUGAUUUUCACGGCUUCGUCGAGGCUGAUGGGUACAUAGCCAUAGAGCCGGGCGAGGUCGGAUUGACCUCUAACCAGCUGCAAUGUUACGAGCAUCAUCCGUAUCUGGGCCGGACAAUGAAUGGGGUCAUAGGGCUGCGUUCUAAAAUGACUGCUCUCUAUAUAUCCGCGGAGCACAUUCCAUUCCUGACUUACGAUAUAUACACCUUUUCUGAGCAUUCUUCCGUAAUUCUUGGACUAUACUUCACCAUGGCCCUUGAAACGAGCUCAGAGGACCCGUUGACCUACGACAUCGCGAUAGACGGCACUAUUACAGGUCCCAUUUCUCUACUGCAAGAGCCUGAGUCCCAGGGUAAAUUACCUCCUGGGUGGUCUACGGCUGUUAUGGACUGUGUUUGGAAUCGAAAACACACCAUCAAGUGUCUCUCUGCUGGUGCUCAUCGCGUCGGCAUUAGGCCUCGAAGCGAGGGGCUAUUGAUAGAGAAACUGAUCCUGGACUUGGGUGGCGUUAGGCCGAGCUAUCUAGGCCCGCCAGCCACGUCUUUGGUUUAGGCCGUGGUUCCAAUGGGUUUAAUUGUUCCAGAUUUGCUCCCACAUAUGGUCUCCAUGACUGGGUGGAUAGGAAUAACAUCUUCAGAUGGGUUGGUGAUUUCAGUUACAGUAGGUAUCCAACUGCAAUAGAGGUCGCACUGGGUAGACAUGCUUUCUACGUGUGCAAGGUGCGUCCGUGUAGGGCUAAAUACAUCCAAGUCCAAUGGUCUAGGAAGCAUACCGUCUGUAUGUUGCCAGUCGGCUGAAUUGAUGGAUGCGGUGGAAUACUUACUUAGUACACGCUAGAUUGCCUAUCAUUCCUGUGUAUUCAACCGUCCUCUUGUAGCUAGAUAAUAUUCAGAUAAUAU